AUGAAUCAUAAUGUUUCGAUAUGUUAUGCAGUUCUUGACUUACUUAAGCAUGAAGAAGUGCAUGGAAUCUUGGGGCCACAGGUCGCAACAGAAGACAAAUUCCUCGCAGAGCUAGGUGGAAAAGUUCAUGUGCCAGUUAUUUCUUUCACCGCCAGAAGUUCAACUCUUCCCUAUUCACAAAACCGCUACUUUAUUAGGACUACUCCAGAUGAUAUGUAUCAAGCUCAAGCUCUCGCAGCCAUUUGCCAAGAAUUUCAAUGGUCUGAAGUAGUGAUUUUGUACGAAGACACGGAAUAUGGCAAUCAAUUUCUUUCACAUCUGAAUAAGGCAUUCCAAAAAAUUGAUAUUGGGAUAGCAUAUAUGAGUGCCAUCACUACAUCAUCCGAGGAUAGUAGAAUAUUAGAAGAACUCAAAAAGCUUAUGGCAAAGCAAACGAGGGUAUUCCUGGUGCACAUGAAUCCAUCACUUGGUUACCAGCUAUUUUCUCUUGCCAAAAAGGCAGGAAUGAUGAGUGAAGGGUAUGCUUGGAUUAUUACUGAUUAUUUAUCCAACUUCUUAAGUUCCACGGAUUUUGUAGCCCGUGAUUCAAUGGAAGGUGUUUUGGGUAUAAGGCCAUAUGUAUCCUGGUCGGAAAAGCUCGACAGUUUCCAAGAACGGUGGAAAAGGAAUAUGGUUCUGAAGAAUAGGACAGGUUCAGUUAGGGACUUAAAUAUNGUAUCCUGGUCGGAAAAGCUGGACAGUUUCCAAGAAAGGGGGAAAAGGAAUAUGGUGCUGAAGAAUAGGACAGGUGCAGUUAGGGACUUAAAUAUCUAUGGUUUGUGGUUGUACGACACAAUAUACUCCUUAGCAAUAGCAGCAGAGAAGAUUGGGCUAGUGAACUCUAGCUUCUUGUAUGUGAACACCAGCAAAAAUGGAACAGAUACUGCAAACUUAAAAAUCUCAGCAUUUGGACCAAGACUUCUCAACGAAUUGUCACGCACAAAAUUCAGAGGCUUGAUUGGAGAAUUUCAAUUGAUUAAUGGGCAACUGAAACCUUCAGCCUUUGAGAUAUUCAAUGUAAUUGGAAAUGGAGAGAGAACAGUGGGAUUUUGGACAGUGGAUAAAGGAAUAUCUAGAGAAUUAAGUUCAACUGGUGGACCAACACACUCCUCAUCCACAAAAAGUCUCAAAAAAGCCAUGUGGCCUGGAGAUUCAGUCACACAGCCAAAGGGCUGGGCCCUUCCUGCAACAGGAAAACUGAGAGUUGGGGUUCCGGUGAAACAUGGAUUCACAGAAUUUGUAAAUGUAAAAAUAGAUGCUGCAGCAAAUCGUACAAAUGCAACUGGUUUUUCGAUUGAUAUCUUCUUGGCAGCAUUGCAGUUGCUACCUUUCCCUACAAAAUAUGAAUUUUAUCAUUAUAAUGACAGCAAAAAUAGUAACUGGAGUUACGACGCCAUGCUUCAGGAGAUACCUCAGGCAUUUGACAUUGUGGUGGGAGAUACAACAAUUUGGGCUCCGCGAGCUGAUUAUGUUGAGUUUUCGUUACCAUAUGCUGAACCAGGAGUCGUUGUAGUGGUAAAAAAUAAGAAGCCGUUUGACAUGUGGAUUUUUGUUAAGCCUUUGAGGAGGGACCUUUGGCUGACAAUCAUCGUCGCCUGCAUCUUGAUGGGAAUAGUGCUUCGAAUACUGGAACACAGAGUACCAAACACAAAUGAAGAGUCAGUUAGGCCACACAGGGAGAGACUUCGAAUGACUUACUGGUCUCCAAUAACAGUACUUGCAUUUCCUGAAAGGAAUAUGGUGGCCAAUACCUGGUCAAUAAUUGUAUUGGUAUUUUGGUUGUUUAUGGCAUUCAUCCUCAUGCAGAGCUACACAGCAAACUUAUCAGCUAUUCUGACCGUAGAUCAAUUAAAAUUUGCUUUUUCCGAGGAUUAUUAUGUGGGAUAUCAGGAGGGUUCCUUUAUGAAAGAAUUUUUGAAAGAGCAACUACACAUUGACGAGUCAAGGCUCAAAGAAUACUCAUCAGUUGAAGAGUACCAUGAGGGAAUGACUAGAGGAAGCCAACGAGGAGGCAUAGAUGCCAUAUUUGAUGAGAUUCCUUACAUGAAGAUUUUCCUUAAGAAAUACGAUUCUCAGUACAAAAUGGUUGGACCAACAUACAGGACGGAUGGAUUUGGCUUCGCAUUUCCUAUUGGCUCUCCCUUAACUGCGCAUUUCUCAAAGGCCAUCUUAGCCGUUACUCAAGGUCCAAACAUGACAUCUAUUGAGCAAACAAAUUUCGGACCUGGAUACUCUUCUCAAGAUCCACUUUCCUCAACGAUCUCGCAACGGACUUCUAGUCUUACUUUUUUUGACUUCGGAGGGCUCUUCAUUAUUGUAGGUCUAGCCAAAAGUGCUUAUGCUUUAUGUCAUCAAAAUUUCAUUCAACGCGGAAUGAUGCAGAAGAAAUUCAUGCAUCUGUCCCAGACAGCGGUGCUACUUCUAGUGAAGGUGGAGAUGCAAUUGUCUUUGGAGGAAANNNGAGAUGCAAUUGUCUUUGGAGGAAAUCCAAGUGGAAGUGAGGGAGAAAUUUGUGAUCCUGGCCAGAACAAUGACGGUGCUUCUGCUGAAGAUGAAGAAGUAAAAACUGACGACACUGAAGAGAGGAAUUCCAUGGCACAUAAUUGA